AUGACUGCAUCUUCAACGAAAUCCUCGACGCUGAUCCCGCAACGAUUGUGCUACGGCCCUAUCGGGAGUGCCACCAGCGACCAGGCCUGCAUGACGUUCAAGGAUGUCACCGCGCCCGGAUUCCGUCAGGGCCGCUACGGGGUUUGCCACUACCAUGCCAAGGCCCUGGGCGGCUGCGACGGUCCGCUGGCCUUCGACCAGGUGCUGUGGUUCGGCCUCGAGCUCGACACCCGCCUCAAGGAUCCCAGCAAGUUCAUCGCGGUCCAGUACGAGGCCGAGGAGCGCCACAACGUCGCCGUGGUGACCGGCGCCUACCUCGUGCUCGGACGGGGCUGGUCUGCCGACGAGGUGCGCCAGGCCCUCCCCGAAGACGCUGCUCUGACUCUGCCGUGCUCGUGGAUCGGCCUGAAGACCAGCCACCGGACUCCUGGCAUGGUGGUCCAGGAUUGUUGGGAGGGCGUGCAGAUGGCCCGGGACCAGGGGUGGCUGAGCAAGGCCAGCGUCGAGGACGGCGUCAUGACCUCCUUCGCGGCCAGCAAGUUCUGGAAGACCAUUUGCCAGUACGACGGGGCCUGGCUGGCGCCCGGCGACGUCUUCGUCAUGGCGGACCCUAUGACGACCAUCAGCGACCCUAACCCGAUGACCUGCGCCGCCUUCUGCAGCGAGCGCCGGGCCGAUCCCGAGCUGGCGGAGGACAGCCUGGACGAGCUCAGGAUGAUCAGCAAGUAUAGCACUGCCUCUUCGCCAGCCCUGCUGAAGUUGAACGCCCUCGUUCUGGAGGAAUCGACCUCCUGUGGGGACACGGAGGAGUUCGUCGCCGUCAGCGAGGCAAACUUUGGUGCCGCCAGCGAGCGGCUCGAAUACCUCGGGGCUGGCGGCCAGCCGGAUGGCACAUCGACCCACACUGUGUGCAAGGCCUACCGCCUUGGGACCAGGGACGCCAAAGGCCACGGCGAGUGGCCAGACGCCAAGCCGUUCGUGGACUUCCUCCUGGAGGAGGACAUCAAGGGUGUGGUGCGUGUGAACAAGCCAGACGAGCGAGGGCUUGCAGAAGUUGGGGGGAGUUACGACGCGCGGCAGCUGGCCAAGUUUGGGAUCAGGCACGCAGACGUCUUCGUCAGUGACGCCAUCAGUAACGGCACGGGGGCCGUUCCCCCCAAUGCUAUUGUCAGGCGCUUCAUCAGCGUUGCCAAGGACAUGAACACCGAGGGUGAUGGCGCUAUCCUAGUCCACUGCAAAGGCGGCUUCGGCAGGAGCGUGUUCUUGGCCUGCAUACUGGUCAUAUACAGGUACGACGUCUCAGGCCGCAGUCUCCUUGGUUGGGCGCGGAUUGCGCGUCCAGGAGCAAUCACGACUCCCGAGCAGGAGGCCGCGCUGCGCUCCCUCUCGGGCCGCGUGGACCUUUGCAGGAGAUAUGGCAUCUCCUGCGAGGGCGAUGGAAGCAUGCCGAGAACGCAGGCUUGCUGCACGGUGAGCUGA